CCGUCUCAGAUUAUCUUCUCAGGACAAGUGGUAAGAUUACGAGCAGUACCAAAUAUAUACCAGAUGAACGAGAAUCCAAUAUCGAUCCAGUUGUUUCAUCUUCUUCUUGUCAUCUAGAACUUUAUAUUAGUACGUACACGACAAAGACAUAGAAGACCACAAACGUUCGUUUUCGGAGCUGUGUAGAAAAAGAUGUGUCCGUCACCUGCAGGAGGAGCGUCAAUCCCUGGGUACAAACCGAUCAUGGGGGGACAGCAAAUAUUCUGUCAUUAUCGCAUCGACCUAGCUUCUAUUAAGGCAAAGGGGGAGAUGAGAUAGAGAUGAAGCUUAGAGUAGAAGUAGAUGUAGAUCUUGACGUACUACUGGCGCAUCUUCUACUAGUACUAAUUGUCUCAAGUGGUCCAACUUUGUGUUUGUCAGAGAGAGAUGAGAGAGAGUUAGUUUUUGCUUCGCAUAAUUUCGAUCUAGCAGUCACCACUACAAGGUCAUCAUUAUAAGAGUCCUGCUCCUUUUCAAGUAGUCAUCCUCUAAUACCAGUGCGCCGAGCACGUCCUCGACCAAGCCUUCAUACUACACUCGAAGCGUGCCUUUGCUAGGAGAGCGGAACUUGCUAGGGACCUGGUCCUUUGGACAGUUGAAAAGGACGUUUGUAGCAGAUGUGGGGAAGUUAAGGUUCUUGUUUCAGAUUAUUUGACUUGCUUUAAGGUAGAUGCAUAGGUGUACUAGUUACCCUUUCCUGUCGUGAAAAACACUUAGACUUUUUAUUAAUAUUACUGACCUUUUCUGUCGGUGUCGUGAAAAAAUAUCGGCGAAAGUACACAUUUAGGCAUUAUAGGGCAACUACUUACGUAAGAAAAGCACCCCUAAGAAGAGCUUAUCCCCGCGACGUAGAAGCUGGAAACAAGAAAUGGCGACUGACCACGCGACAAGGAGUCCAUCUGCCAGACGCGGAUCCACUAGCAUUGCAUGUUUUAGGUGGCGAGCAUGAAGAUUUCUUCCUGGUUCAAGUAGAUGAUAGUGCCGAUGCUGGGAACGAAGAUCUCGAAGGCCUCAGCAAAAGCGACCUAAACUACUACUACGCCCACGAUCAAACUCAGACGCGAAGCGAAGCCCAGCAGCGACAAGCAAUUGAUGCUCCGCCAGUUCGGAUGGGACAUAAUAAACGACAAAGCCCAUUUGGCACCGACAUCGAGAAGUACGAAACGCUUACCAGUUACUCGUUUUCUGUUAUGGGGGAAGCAAGUUGUAAAACAAAGGCGUUAAUACAACUAGUAUCUGUUGAUGUUGUUCAAAAACUGCCUUUACUUCUACAUAGUUUGCUUUUCUCGCUUUUCUUAGUUCCCAUCAUCUUAACUCAUACUAGCAAAUCGAUCUCAGAGAUCCAGUUCCCAACCCGACCUCUAAAGACAACUACAACAGCACAACGGUGAAAGUGUUUAUCCUGCUGCCUGGCAUCGGAAAGAUCCCUCCGGAUCAGAUCAAGUCUAACUUUGGAGAAAGGUACUUUCAAUUAAAUCCAUGUUUUUCCUUCCUGUUCCCUAAAUUUAAUUUCCCUGUAAAAGUUUCUGUUUCUGUUUCCCUGUAAAAAAUGUGAAAAUAGUACAACAACAGGUCUUUCGAGGUCCUUGUCCACGGCUAUAACAAGAAGAAUUGGCGCUUGGGCUGUGCGAAGACGCAUGCCUUGGUGAUUCCAGAUAAGUGUCGACAUGUAAUCCGGGACAACAAGAUCACGCUUGUACUGCACAAGGCGACGGCGGGUGAUAUCUGGUUUGACCUGUUCAAGAAAAAAGCCAUUGGGGAUGAAGAAAAACCAUGAGUUCAUCUUCAAGUGGUUGUUCAAUAAAGUGCAUCGGUUGUAGACCUUGGAUUUGUAGACCUUGGAUUUGACAUUUGUUGCUACCUGCUGUAACCGGAACCGAACAGCGUCCAGGCUGCAUGCCAGGCUGCUACACCACCCCUCCACGCCAGUGCUCCACAUCCCCUCCACGAGAAACAGAGGACUCAACACAUUUUACGUUGAUACUGACACUGAUACUGGUGAACGAGUGGCCAUCCUCGGAUCGCUUCGUAAAAACAGCUUUUUUAAGCUUUUCUUCACAUAGCAAGAACAUAAGUAUUCUUUCGUGUGAUGAUUUUUCAACUAUGUAUGUAU